UUGCUUAUAACAUUUUCAUCGGUAAUAGAAUAGAUCAAAAAAGUUUUUUUAGCCGUAUAGUAGUAUUUAUUUCGGAAAUUCCGGGCCAUGACGACGAUACUGACGUGUCACGACGACUGUUGGCAAAUUGAUUGCUAACGUUAUCGUAAUCGUAGCUCAAUACUUUCCUAUCAAUUGACAUUUUAUUAUAGAACACCUAAAUAUUCUUUCAUUUUAUCGCCGACUGCAGCAGUACACGUGUGCCAAGAAAUUAUAUAACUGUUUUAAGUGUGUAAGGUGUCCAUACACAAACGUUGUUGGGAAUUCGGUCAGUGCUGCGCGAUCAAGGCUGCAAACGAACGGUCGGCUACUAUCGCCACUGAAGUUGAAGUCUCCGAGAACGCGGGACCAUCUACACGGAUGAUGGUGGACUUACGCGAAGUCUCGACGGAGACAACCAUAAUGCAUUUGGUAGAUAAUUCAAUGCAGACGGACGUAUUCGACCAAUUACACGUCUCAACUGAAACCGAUGUAUUGGACCAGUGUCACACAACAACUCAGACCGAGAUAUUAGACAAGUCUCACGUGUCGACUGAGACCGUUGUGUUCGACCAGUGUCACGCAUCGGUUCAGACCGAAAUAUUGGACUCGUGUGAUGUGUCGACUGAGACCGAUGUGUUUGACCAAUGUCACGCAUCGGCUCAGACCGAAAAAUUGAACCCGUGUCAUGUGUCAGCUCAGACCGAUGUGCUGGAUUUAGACCAGUGUCACGUGUCGAGCCAACUGAACUUGGAUAUGACCCUUUACUGAUCGUCAACGAAAGUGCAGUUUCUCCCGGAGAUGUUCCGAUGUGCGAAAAAAUCCACAGUGGACCGGCGAUGGCAUCAAACAGAAAUGCUCAUGAGUUAUUGUCCUUUCCAAAUGGUGGACCAGAGGCUGGUGACACGGACGACGGAACAACCGUAUUGAACGUAGACCGUAUGAGUUCGAGGACAGAACUCACAAAAGAAAUUACAAUGACGGCCAAACAACGGAUGCGUAAAAUCAAAGUAGAGAAGAACAUCGCGUUGAAAGUGAACACGGAUGCCGUAUCUGCGCUACAAGAAUUGUGUAUGGCUCGAUGGUGGAAAAUACCGGAGUAUCAUUCAUGCGUUAAAAUAGCUGAUAACCAUUUUCAAAUAGAAUGCUCUUUAUGAGGGUACACGGUCAAAGGCGAAGGAUGGUCGAAAAAAGAGGCUAAACGUCAGGCAGCCUACAAUGUGUAUAUGGUCGUUAAAAAUCAAGAUUAGCUUCGUUGUAUUGAAAUUGAACGGGAGAUGAGCGAGGAUGUGAUUUUUCGGCUGCAUCCGAAUUGGGUCCCGAAUUAUUUUAGGUACACUCAGAAAAAUAUCUUUCAAUGUUUUAAUGAAAUGUAAUCAUUAUUUUGAA